AUGUUGGCAAUUUUCCACAAAGCUUUUGCUCAUCCACCUCAAGAGCUGAAUAGUCCAGCAUCCUACAAAGGUUCCAACAAACCUAAGCUUCCUGAAGAAACUCUCAGACAAUUCCUCUCUCAUCAUCCUCAUAACACUUGUUCUAUGAGUUUCGGUCAAGCUUCUGUUCUUGCUUAUGUCAGACCAGACACCCCUUUUUCCGUUCAUCAAAGGCUGUUUUGUGGGGUUGAUGACAUAUACUGUUUAUUUCUGGGGAGUUUGAACAAUUUGUCACUUCUGAACAAACAAUAUGGUUUAUCCAAAGGUACUGAUGAAGCCAUGUUUGUGAUUGAAGCUUAUAAGACACUUCGUGACCGUGGUCCAUACCCAGCAGAUCAAGUUGUUAAGGAACUUGACGGUAGUUUCGCUUUUGUUGUUUAUGACAGCAAAAUUGGCACUGUCUUUGCCGCACUGGGUUCUGAUGGUGGAGUGAAGUUGUACUGGGGUAUUGCAGCUGAUGGAUCUGUUGUGAUUUCUGAUGAUCUAGAUGUUAUUAAAGAAGGCUGUGCUAAAUCUUUUGCUCCUUUUCCAACGGGGUGUAUGUUUCAUAGUGAAGGAGGGUUGAUGAGUUUUGAGCAUCCAAUGAACAAGUUGAAAGCAAUGCCAAGGAUAGACAGUGAAGGAGUAAUGUGUGGGGCCAACUUUAAGGUUGAUAAAUUCUCAAGAGUCAACAGUAUUCCUAGAGUUGGUAGUCAAUCAAAUUGGAUGGAAUGGGAACAACAUUAG